AUGCAUUAUCCAAUUUAUGCGUAUAGCACACUACCGGAAGUGGCUGAAUUUCUGAAGCAGCAUAACGGCGAAGAGCAGAUCAUUGUGCGAAUGCGUGGUCUUCCCUUCACAGCAAAGAAACAAGAUAUAAUCGACUUCUUUUGUGGAGUCCAAGCAGACAUUCUUGGCGGCUCUGAUGGAAUUUUCUUUGUGAAUUACGGAGGCAAGAGGCCAACUGGAGACGCCUUCGUGAUCUUCCCCAGUGGUGAAAUUGCAGACAGAGGUUUGGCACUACACAAAUGCUACCUUGGUCAACGAUAUGUGGAAUUGUUUAAAGCUUCGCCGUCAGAGCUUGUACAGGUACUUCUUGUACUGCUUUGA